UUCCCAACAGGCCCCGCCCCCUCCCGCCAGGCCCCGCCCCCCCCACCAGCGCCAUGCCGGUGCCGCGGGUGCUGCUGGCUGUGGCCGUGGCCGUGGCACUGGGUGCAGGCUCCCGCUCGCCCCUCAACGACUUCCAGCGCCUGCGGGCCACCGAGCUGCUGCCCCUGCCCCCCGAGGCACCGCCACCGCCAGAGCCAGGCCCGGCCGAGCAGUGCGCCCAGCGCUGUGCCACCAGCCCGGCCUGCCGGGCCUUCCACCACGAGCGGCAGAGCCAGCUGUGCCAGCUGCUGCGCUGGACGCAGCACUCGCCCGGCGUGCGGCUGCAGAAGAACAUCCACUGCGACCUGUACCAGAAGAAAGACUACCUGCGGGACUGCAUCGUGGCCGACGGCAUCAGCUACCGCGGCACGCGGGCCACCACCGAGAAGGGGCUGCGCUGCCAGCACUGGCAGGCCACCACGCCGCACGACCACAGGUUCCUGCCGUCCCCACGCAACGGGCUGGAGGAGAACUACUGCCGCAACCCCGACCGCGACAAGCGGGGCCCCUGGUGUUACACCGUGGACCCCAACGUGCGGCACCAGAGCUGCGGCAUCAAGAAGUGCCAGGAUGCCAUCUGCAUGACCUGCAACGGGGAGGAUUACCGGGGCUUCGUGGACCACACCGAGUCAGGGACCGAGUGCCAGCGCUGGGACCUGCAGCACCCGCACAAGCAUCCCUACCACCCCGACAAGUACCCCGAGAAGGGUCUGGAUGACAACUACUGCCGCAACCCGGAUGGCUCCGAGCAGCCCUGGUGCUACACCGUUGACCCCGCGCGGGAGCGCGAGUACUGCCGCAUCCGCGUCUGCACAGAGAAGCGUCCGCGGCCCCUCAACGUCACCACCAACUGCUUCAGGGGGAAGGGCGAAGGCUACCGGGGCCGGGUGAACGUCACCGUGUCGGGCAUCCCGUGCCAGCGCUGGGACGCGCAGGCACCGCACCGGCACCACUUUGUGCCCGAGAAGUACCCGUGCAAGGACCUGCAGGAGAAUUACUGCCGCAACCCCGACGGCUCGGAGGCGCCGUGGUGCUUCACCACCCGCCCCAGCGUCCGCGUUGCCUUCUGCUUCCACAUCCGCCGCUGCGACGACGAGCUGGGUGCUCAGGAGUGCUACCACGGCCACGGCGAGACGUACCGCGGCCACGUCAGCAAGACGCGCAAGGGCAUCACGUGCCAGCGCUGGGACGCGCGGACCCCCCACGUGCCCCAGAUCUCUCCCGCCACCCACCCCGAGGCCCACCUGGAGGAGAACUACUGCCGCAACCCCGACAACGACAGCCACGGCCCCUGGUGCUACACCAUGGACCCCCGCAUGCCCUUUGACUACUGCGCCAUCAAGCCCUGCUCCGGCAACGCGGUGCCGUCCAUCCUGGAGAGCGCGGAGGCGGUGACGUUCGAGCAGUGCGGCCGGCGGGACGAGAGGCUGCAGCUCAAGGGGCGCAUUGUGGGCGGGCAGCCCGGCAACUCGCCAUGGACCGUCAGCAUCCGCAACCGGGCCGGCGUGCACUUCUGCGGCGGGUCCCUGGUGAACGAGCAGUGGGUGAUCAGCAUCCGCCAGUGCUUCUCGUCCUGCAGCGACGCGGACCUGUCAGGCUACGAGGUGCACCUGGGGCUGCUGUUCAAGGACCCCGGCCCUGCAGACCCCGACCUGCAGGCCAUCCCCAUCGUGCGCAUCCUCUGCGGUCCCUCUGAGUCCCACCUGGUGCUGCUGAAGCUGGCGAGGCCAGCCGUGCUGAACAAGCGCGUGGCCCUGAUCUGCCUGCCGCCUGAGCGCUACGUCGUGCCCGCGGGCACCAUCUGCGAGAUCGCCGGCUGGGGGGAAACCAGAGGCACGGCCGACAGCCGCGUGCUGAACGUGGCCCAGCUGCCCGUGCUGGCCCACGGCGAGUGCCAGGCGGCACUGCGUGGGCGCCUGAAGGAGAGCGAGCUGUGCACCGCCCCGCUGCGCUCCGGCGUGGGCGCCUGCGAGGGAGAUUACGGAGGGCCCCUGGCCUGCCUGACCGCCGACUGCUGGGUGCUGGAGGGGGUGAUCACCCCGUCCCGUGUCUGCGCCCGCACCGACCAGCCCGCCCUCUUCAUCCGCGUCUCGCUCUACGUCGACUGGAUCCACAAGGUCAUGAAGAUGGUCUGAGCCGGGCUGUGGGCGGCUGGAGGGGUGGCACCCCCCUGCCUGCCCCCCCGAUGCCAAUAAAGGGAGUGGAGCCAG